AAGACCAUUUAGGAUUGUUGCUUUGCAUUGGUAAUUUUGCCCUGAAAAGUUUUUACAAGAAAUAAUCUACACCGUUGACAAUAUUGCAUCAUGGAUGGCGAUGAUUGAAUUGGUUUUGAAGGCCCUGGAGCUCCUAAGAGUAGAAGCUCCAGUGAACAUGGCAGUCAUGAUGUUCGUUUUGACUUGCAACUUGACAACGUUUGCUCUUCCUUACAUUAAUCGCACCACCACGUUCACACUCACAUAGAUUUUUCACGUCUUAAUUGUUGUUUGCAUAAUUCUCUAGCAAAUGCCAAAGUUUUUGGAGGGUGAAAUUGGAAAAAGAGAGAAAACAUUGACAAUAACAGCUGUGUUCUUGGUGCUCAUGCUCUGAGCAUUAAUGGCAGAGAAUUUAUGGUAACUCUCUCUCUAUUUUUGCAGUUAGGAGAAGUAAUUUCUCGCGAUUCUUCAAUUUCGAGAUUCCGGACUGGCGUUGAGAGUAAUCUGGUGUGCUUCAAUGGCGGAAUGCCGCCAUUGACCACCUCGAGAUUGGGCACGAUUGCUCGUUGAAACGAAGCUUUCCGUAGAUUAACAAUGGCGUCCAUUUCGCCAUCGCCGAAUUCUUCUCCUAACGCUCCUUCCCCAGCUACUCCGUCAGAUUCAAACCCUCCAUCUUCCUCUAAUCCAGAUCAGACCAGUGAUACUCCACCGCCUCUCCCAGCCUCCCCUCCGGCGCCUAUCGCCGCCGCCCCACCGCCUGAAACCUCUCCCUCACCCAGACUCCCACCCAAUCCUCCGCCUGCUCCACCACCAACACCUACAUUGCCGCCACCACCACGAUCCCCUCCGCCGGAACCAUCAUCCUCACCUCCACCACCACCACCAGAACCUACAUUACCGCCGCCAUCUCCCCCUGCUACCCCUCCCCCUACCUCCUCCGAUUCACCUCCUCCACCAAUUAUUCCACCUCCCCCGCCGCCUGAAACUGCUCCUCCACCUAGAAGAUCCCCUGCUCCUCCCCCUUCGGCCACUCCUCCGCCCCAAUCCGAUCCAACCUCUCCACCACCACCACCACCACCACCGGAAAUAGAUCCUUCACCACCCACACCUUCUCCUCCAUCUCCACCUCCACCCGUUGCACAUCCGCCGAAGCAUUCUCCUCCACAUUCUCCUCCACCUCCGCCAGUUCAGAGAACCUCGCCGCCCAUUACACCAACUACAAGUCCUCCAUUGCCGGCUGUCUCCCCUCCUCCAAUCCCUUCAUCAUCACCUUCCCUAUCUCCUUCUCCUCCUACAGUAUCUCUGCCUGCAUCUCCUCCUUCCCCGUCAACAAAUACGUCGUCUGGAAGCUCUCCAGCUUCACCAUUUCCAUCCUUACCGACGGAAAAGCCCACUGCCGGAUCAACUCAAGCAACCGCAGAUUCGACUUCUACUCCUUCUAGUGGUGUGAAAUCCGGAGGAGUCGCAGCAAUAAGCAGUAUCGUCGGAUUUCUGGCGCUCACCCUCGUCAUUCUCGCUGUUUGGCGCUUGCAUAAGCGAAAGAAACGGAAGGACAAACUUAGCUCCAACUACCCUGCGCCAUCGCCUUUCGCAUCAUCCCAAAAUUCAGAUUCGUCGUUUCUAAGGUCACAGUCGGCAUCAGCAAACAAGUACAUCCACUCGCCGGAUGCUGGCAUAGGCGCGUCGAGGUCGUGGUUCUCCUAUCAAGAACUAUCCGAGGCUACAAACAGGUUUGCGGCGGAAAAGCUUCUCGGCGAAGGCGGAUUCGGAUGUGUUUAUAAAGGAGUGCUGGUAGACGGUAGAGAAGUUGCCGUCAAGCAGUUAAAAGCCGGCGGAGGACAAGGCGAGCGAGAAUUCAGGGCAGAAGUCGAGAUCAUCAGCCGAAUACACCAUAGGCAUUUGGUGUCGCUCGUUGGUUACUGCAUUGCUGAAAACCAACGGCUGCUCGUCUAUGAUUAUGUGCCGAACAACACUCUGCACCACCAUCUUCACGCUGAAGGCAAGCCGGUAAUGGAUUGGACUAGUCGUGUUAAGGUUGCUGCCGGGGCAGCGCGCGGGUUAGCGUAUCUUCAUGAAGACUGCCAACCUCGGAUCAUUCACCGCGAUAUUAAGUCGACCAAUAUCCUCUUGGAUAACAACUAUGAAGCUCGGGUCGCCGAUUUUGGGCUUGCGAAACUGGCGCUAGAAUUGGAUUUACACACCCAUGUGUCGACUCGCGUGAUGGGAACCUUCGGAUACUUGGCGCCGGAGUAUGCGUCGACGGGAAAACUCACUGAGAAAUCCGAUGUAUUUUCAUUCGGCGUCGUGCUUCUGGAGCUCAUCACGGGUCGUAAGCCUGUCGACCCGUCUCAACCGCUCGGGGACGAAAGCCUGGUCGAAUGGGCGCGGCCGUUGCUGACUCAAGCGCUGGAUCGCGAAGAUUUCAGUGAACUAGUAGAUCCUCGGCUGGAAAACAACUUCGUCGCAGGUGAAAUGUUCCGGAUGAUCGAAGCUGCUGCGGCGUGCGUGCGACAUUCAGCGUCUAAACGACCGCGGAUGAGCCAGAUAGUUCGAGCAUUAGAUUCGAUGGAGGAGAUGGCGGAUCUGAACAACGGGACGAGGCCGGGGCAGAGCGGCGUGUUCAGCUCGAGGGAGCAUUCGGCGCAGAUCAGGAUGUUCCAGCGGAUGGCGUUCGGGAGCCACGAUUAUGGCUCGGACAUAUACAACAAUUCGAAUACUAGCUGGGGCAGCUGAGCUGAGGAUCUUGGAAUGAUCUGAGGCUGUCUGUUGUUGUUAUGGUGAUGGUUGAUUCUCUUCUUGUUCGUUUUUUUUUUGUCUGUCAGUUUUGGAAAUAUGUAAAUUCUAUUUGGACAGCGUAUAAAUUUUUAUCUUGAAUUAUUUUUAAGGAUAUUUUUCAAAUAUUUAA